AUGGGAUGGAACUAUCGCCGAUGGGUCGUUGAGGAGCUCGCAAAGGCCAUGUCGAAAGUGGAUGGCAUACCUCCAUUUCCGGCAUCUUUAUCUAGUGAGCUCGAUCCGGAGACACGUACAAUGCAUCUUGCUCUCGCAUACCAAGAACUCAAAUAUACGCUCGCCAAGAUCGAGAGUGAUUUUAGCAACUUUAGUGCAUGGCAUAGCCGUUCAAAGCUGCUCCCGCGUAUUUGGGAUGGAGAGAGGCUUGAUUCAUGUGCACGUUCGAAGCAGCGCAUAUCAGGUGCGUGA